AUGCCCGACCAAGGUCACCGUCCGCGUCCGCCGCCAAAUCGACGUAGAGACAAAGCCCAACUGUCCUGCGACCCCUGCAGACGCCGAAAAUUGAGGUGCGACCGACAGCAUCCAUGCGGCACUUGUUCAAGGCGUGCCAUCACCAACUCCUGCAAUUAUGCGACGCCAUCUACUACCCCUGAUGCUCAGCGGAGUGUUGCUCCACGACAGUCUACCAGUCUCCAUGUCAGAAUAACCGAGCUGGAGAGCCUUGUGGUGACGCUGAUGGAAGGCCAAUCACUCCCAACUCCAUCCACCGGGGCUCCGAAAUCACCGAGGACAAGCUUGCCAUCAUUCGAGGAUGAAUUGCCUGAGAUUCGGAGGCCAAGGAAAUCACAAGAUGACGCCGAAUCUCCAGCCGACCCUGGUACCCUCAAUUUGAGCGAGUCUGGUGCCAGUUACGUUCAGAGCGCACAUUGGGAGGCCAUUCUGACCAAAGUCAGGGGACUGAAGGAGGACUUGGUGACUGAUAGCAGGGCUCUGCCCGGCUCACACUUGUUCUAUGGCCCGAACCGCCAUGCAACUCGAGAUGAAAUACUAGUUGCUUGUCCUCCUCGUCAAGUCGUCGAUCGUCUCAUGGCCCUUCACUUCGAUUCCUACAUUGUCACCCCUUAUAUCAUUCAUAGCAAGAAGUUUCUCCGGGAGUACGAAGCCUUCUGGGAGAAUCCGACUGCAACCUCUAUCUCCUGGAUUGGUCUCAUGUUCUCUCUGCUAUACAUCGCUGCGCAACUGCAGACUUUCACCAUCGACAUCAACGAUGGACGAGCCGAGUCACUCAAGGCGGAAUGUCUUGCCAUGAAGGACGCCUUCCGGGAGAAGGCCGUCCAGUGUCUUAUUCUGGCUAGGUACACGAUGGGCGGUCCUUAUAUUUUGGAAACCCUCAUAACGAUCCUUACUGGAGAGUUUGUGUUAUUUAAAGACGGCGUUACCGAUGGCUGGCUUUUGAUCGGCAUGAUACUUCAGCUUGCAACGCGUAUGGGCCUCCACCGGGAUCCAGAUCACUUUCCCGGAAUAUCCCCAUUCGAGGCUGAGAUGCGUAGGCGCAUGUGGAUUGUUAUCCUUCAACUGGACAUCAGUCUCUCUUUAGAGACGGGACUUCCUCGAAAUGCCACAAAUACCCACAUCGAUCCAAAGGAGCCCCGUAACCUACGCGACUGUGAUUUUGACGAGGACACUACGGAGAUGCCGCCGUCUAGGCCAGAAACAGAAUGGACGCCGGUGCUGGCUCUUAUUACAAGGGGGCGAUUGAUAUCACCUCUCGGCAUGAUUUGCGACAUCAAUACUGAUAUCAGUCCUCCUUCCUACGACGAGGUCACCAAGGUCGAAAGUGUCCUUGAAGACGUGCGCAACCGUGCUAUUCCGCCCGUGCUACACUGGGGAACUACACCGCACCCCAUCACCGAUAGCCCAAACCUUCUGAUACAGCGUGUAAGUGUAGAAACGACCUACCACAAAGCGCGCAUCCUCCUAUACCGAAGAUCUUUGGUUAGUGGCCGAUCUCCGCAUUCUCAAGAGCGGGACAGAGACUCCGUUCGAAUCUGUUUGGAUUCCGCACUCAAAAUUCUAUCCUUCCAAGAAAUGCUCCACGAGGAGUCUCAACCAUUUGGCCGUUUGUGUCAACUUAGAUGGAAGGUCACCCAUAUUCUAAACCAGGAUGUUCUCCUAGCUACGAGUGUGCUCUGCCUCUACCUUCAAGAUGUCGACAAACUCGAGUCGCCCCGGACCGCAGGACAGACAAAGCGGUCGCCGAGACCUGAAGAGAUUCGACAGCAAUUAACCACCUCCCACAAAAUUUGGCUUCAAAGGAGUAUAGGAUCUGCGGAGGCAGGGAAAGUGGCGAAAGCUCUGAGCAUAGUCCUCGGCAAUACAGAAACGUUUGUUGACGGUAACGGACCGCUUUCUUACGACUUCUUGACAGACAUUGACGCAAUGCCUGUGAAUGGAUUCGGCGCAUCGUUUAACAAUCAAUAUUUCGCUUCUGGCUUCUACUCCCCUCUCAGCUUUUUCGACAAUGUGCUGGAGACCCGGGGGACCUGA